AUGAUCAAGCUGGCACACAGGCCUGUCAUACAGCCUCGUCGCAACGCACCCCUUGCCCCGUCAACAGAGACAGAGGUGGAUUCUGACAUGGGCCCAAACAAGCCAAGUGCGAGAAAGCAAGACUGGCGUUCCGAACAAGUAAGAGAAAUCCAAAACCUGGCCGAACAUAUGAGAGAAGCCACUGGAUUUGUGGAAGCGCUUGUCAGAAUGCUGGACGCCGUGGAGGCUAUCCGAAAAGGCCACAAGAAACAAUUUGAGCUUCUAGAAGACCUAACCACGCUCUACAAGACACAUCCACCAAUCCAAGAAGCGUUGGAUCACACGGGAUUGUCUGUGACAGUCAUUGCCGACAAGGUAUCAGAAUAUGCUGAUGGCGUGUCCGAAGCAUCGACGAGAGUGCAGCAACUGGCCGGCAGCGGCAAAGCAGGGCCCGUCAAGAAACAUCAUGGCAAGAGUACCGAAGUGUGUCUGGUGUCGCGAAUUCCAGCUCUACUGAAGGCGGCUAAUGUUUUGCAUGGUCUUCGAGAAGUCAUUAAGGACUGNCAAAUUGAGAGUGACGGUUCAAGUCCUCAUCUGGGGUCCAUAGACGACGUGGCUAGGCUUAGGAUGCGCGAGAAGGAAUUGUCAUGGCUGAUGCAAAGCCAGUCGGGUUGGAUCAGAGAGUUGCGGCGUCUGGACAUUGAUAAUUGA